CAUUUCUUUAUUAGGUCUCCCAUCAAUCUUGCUUUCUCAGUUUCUCAAUAAGCCAAAAUUAAAAUUCUUAAUACUCAUUCGUAUCUUUCUCUUUCACUGUUCAGAUCUCUGAACUUCGUCAUUUUUGGCUGAAAACUCAAAGAUGUCAUUUGGAGGCUUGCAUGUAGAUGACUGUGUCAUUGCAUCAUAAAGAGUUAGUAGAUCGUGCUAUAUCUAUAGAGAUCUGCUCCCAGCACUUGAAUAAUGAAUCCCUAUAUUGUUGGAGUCCUUGUUCCUCUUGUAUUUUCAGUUAUCAUACGCAACAAAAAGAGUGGAAAGAAAAGGGGACUUCCUGUUGAUGUUGGUGGGGAACCUGGAUAUGCAAUCCGAAACUAUCGUUUUACUGCCCCUGUUGAAACAGCUUGGGAAGGUAUUUCAACACUUGCAGAUUUGUUUGAGCAGUCAUCCAAACAGAAUGCUCGUAAGCGCCUCCUUGGAACUCGGAAGUUGAUUUCAAGGGAGAUUGAAGUAGGUGCAGAUGGAAGAUCAUUUGAAAAGCUUCAUUUAGGAAAUUAUGAGUGGCUGAGUUAUGGUGAAGCUCUUGAAGCUGUGUGCAGCUUUGCUUCUGGUCUGAUGCAGUUAGGGCAUGGGAAGGGUGAGCGUGUUGCAAUAUUUGCUGAUACACGGGCAGAGUGGUUUAUUGCAUUGCAGGGUUGCUUCAGAUGCAAUCUAACAGUUGUCACCAUCUAUUCAUCUCUUGGGGAGGAGGCUCUUUGCCACUCAUUGAAUGAGACGGAAGUUUCAACUCUAAUUUGCGGAAAUAAGGAACUGACGAAACUCUUAAACAUUAGUGGACAACUUGACACAGUGAAACGUGUAAUAUAUAUGGAUGAUUAUGGAAUCCCAUCUGACAUUUCAGUCAUCGAGAGGAACAGUAAUUGGUCUCUCACUUCAUUCUGGGAGGUGGAGAAAAUUGGUAGAGAAAGUCCUGUCAAUGCAGAGCUUCCUGUGUCAGCGGAUAUUGCAGUUAUAAUGUACACAAGUGGGAGUACUGGAUUGCCCAAGGGAGUGAUGCUGACACAUGGAAAUGUUCUGGCGACGGUUUGUGCCGUGAUGACAAUUGUUCCUGGCCUGGGGACCAAAGACGUUUAUAUGGCCUAUCUACCUUUAGCUCAUGUUCUUGAAAUAGCAGCUGAGAAUGUAGUAGUUGCUGCUGGAGCUUCCAUUGGAUAUGGAUCGCCUUUAACUCUUACUGAUACAUCAAACAAGAUUAAAAAGGGUACAAAAGGGGAUGCUCCUACAUUGGGGCCAACGGUAAUGGCUGCAGUGCCUGCCAUUCUUGAUCGUGUUAGAGAUGGUGUGCGGAAGCAGGUGGACAUGAAGGGGGGUCUAUCAAAGAAACUCUUUGACGUUGCAUAUGGGCGUAGAUUGUCUGCAAUAAAUGGUAGUUGGUUUGGUGCAUGGGGCUUGGAAAAUAUUUUAUGGAAUUUGCUUGUGUUUAGAAAGGUUAGAGCAAUUCUUGGUGGCCGCAUCCGUUUUGUGCUUUCUGGUGGAGCUCCUCUUUCUGCUGAUACACAGAGAUUCAUCAACAUAUGUCUUGGAGCUCCAAUUGGGCAAGGAUAUGGUCUCACUGAGACUUGUGCGGGUGGUACCUUUUCUGAAUAUGAUGAUCCAUCUGUUGGUCGUGUUGGAGCUCCACUUCCUUGCUCAUUUAUUAAGUUGGUCAAUUGGCACGAGGGAGGAUAUUUAACUAUUGAUUCACCAAUGCCUCGGGGAGAAAUAGUUAUUGGUGGUCCAAAUGUUACGCUAGGAUAUUUCAAAAAUGAGGAGAAAACAAAAGAAGUAUACAAGGUUGAUGAGAGAGGAAUGAGGUGGUUUUACACUGGUGACAUUGGGCAAUUUCAUGGUGAUGGUUGCCUUGAAAUAAUUGACCGUAAGAAGGAUAUAGUGAAACUUCAACAUGGAGAAUAUGUUUCUCUUGGGAAGGUGGAGGCUGCUCUGAUUGUGAGCCCCUAUGUCGACAAUAUUAUGUUGCAUGCUGAUCCAUUUCAUAGUUACUGUGUGGCUAUCGUGGUGGUUUCUCAAAACACAUUAGAAGAUUGGGCUACUAAGCGAGAAAUCAGCUUUACUGAUUUUUCAGAUUUAUGCCAGAAAGAAGAAGCCAUUAAGGAAGUGCAUGGAUCCCUCGUAAAGGCUGCAAAGACUGCACGCUUGGAGAAGUUUGAGAUGCCUGCCAAGAUCAAAUUGCUUCCUCAUGCAUGGACUCCUGAAUCUGGCCUAGUCACUGCAGCUCUCAAGCUCAAGAGAGAAGUCGUUAGGAAGGAAUUUGCUGAAGAACUCUCAAAAUUAUAUGAAUCAUAAAAAAUCACAAUUGGUUCAAGGUCUAUACUAUUUAGUAUUGAUCUUUGGAGGCUAUAUAGUUUCUUGACAGGUUGACAGAGGCCUGUCCUGAUGUAUUCUUUACUUGUCUUCACAUUUUGUGGGGCAGGCAGGGUUAUGCCUUCACAAUUUUCCAAAUUGUAGUUUCUUUCCCAAUCCUUUCUUUUAAGCUAGAAAUAGAUGUUGAUAUUAUCAUUCUGGCUGGACGUAGUCAAUGUUGCCGUGGUUCUUCACAGACUGCAAUGAGAAAAGCCUUUCAGUUUUGCAUUCUUUA